AUGCCUGAGAAUCAUUGGCUCGCACCUCAUGGAGAAUCGGUGGCUCUCCCCUCUUCGAGAAUCGGUGGCUAUCUUCGACGAAUCUCGGUGACUCUCUUCGACGAAUCUCGGUGGCUCUCGUCUAAGAAUCCCGGUGGCUAUCCUCGACGGAGUCAAUCGGUGGCUCUCCCGUCGUUGCGAAUCGGCGGUUGUUGCAGACGUAGAGAACGCCGCACAUGGACGCCUAGAGAUGACAUUGUCCUCAUAAGCGCAUGGCUCAACACAAGUAAAGACCCGGUGGUUGGAAAUGAGCAGUGUUCAGGUGAUUUAUGGAAGCGAGUUGGAGCCUACUUCGCGGCAAGCCUGAAGGUUGCAGGCUGCGAACGGAGAGAGCCUGGCCACUGCAAGCAACGUUGGCAGAAGAUAAACGAAGGGGUCUCCAAGUUUUGUGGAGCUUACGAGGCUGCAAAGAGAGAGAAAACAAGUGGACAAAAUGACAAUGACGUUCUGAAGAAAGCACAUGAGAUCUUCUACACGAACCAUAAGAAGAAGUUCAGCCUCGAGCAUGCGUUUAUGGAGCUGCGUCACGACCAGAAAUGGUGUGAUCUUUCAAGCUCUAAAACCGAAGGAAGCUCAAGGAAGAGGAAGUAUGAGGACGGUGCACAAUCUUCAACCUCUCACUCUACUGAAGCUAACACGUCUGAAGCUGAUGAAGCAAGCAAUCAACCACCGGGUGUGAAGGCGGCUAAGGCGCGGGGUAAGAAGACGACGUCUGAUGAGAUACCUCUGUCUAAGUUUCAGACUAUGUGGUCCAUUAAACAACAGGAUCUUGUUGUCAAAGAAAGGCUAUCCAAGAUGUUUCUGCUUGAUAGUCUUAUUGGAAAAGAAGGACCACUAACUGACUCUAAGGAAGCUCUGAAGAAGAAGCUGAUCACUGACUUGUUGUCUGUUUGA